AUGGAUUCGGCCAAGCAGGAGACAGAGAAAGAGGCCGACAAAGAUAUUGAAGGAGCACGAGAGGAACCAGAGGACAAUGUUGAUGGCAAGGAAGCGGAUCAUGACGAAAGCAAAGAGGAGGAUGAUGAAUUUGAGGACAACGAAGAUGAGGAAUCCAAACCUGAACCUGAUGAACCACUGGUCAUAGCAGUGGGCAGAAAAGUGAAGGCAAUGGGCACUAAGAGGAACGUUCGCCGCGGCAACCCCAGCUGCUUUGUUGGCAAGCCGUACAAAUACCUGGUGCAGUACAAGGAUGAGUACAACAGGAUUCCAAAGAAGGGUAAAGGGAGAAACAAGAGGAUUGGGAACUUCUGGCACCUGAUCAUCUCUGGAUUUUGGCAAUGUUUCGAUCCUUCGAUGUUUGAGGAUAUUGCUGGCUCAAAGGAUAAAGAGGGAAUUAUCAAGACAAUAAACAAGAGUAUCAAGAGGUUCUCACGAUGGCGCGCGUGGGCUGCUACAGCUGACACGAACAACCCGUGGCAGCCGCUGUUGUCCCAACUCCGGAAACCAACAGGCUCUAAGCCGAGGUGCACUCCCGGCUGGCUGCAGUUUGUGAGCAUGGAGAAGGAGAGGAUCUUCAAAGAAGAACUCACUGAGGAGAAGCGUCAGCAUUACGAGGCCCUAGCUGACAGCAUACUCGCAGACAAGUUGGAGCACUACAAAGCUGCGCAGCUGGGUUCUCCGUCUUCUGACUCUAUCGAGCAGACGAAAGCAUGCAACAGACUGGCGUCUGUACUGUCUCCUGUUCUGAAGAUGGUCUCAGAAUAUACCAGAAUGGAGGUGCUUACCUUAGUUGGAGUUCGAUGGGUUUCUGAGAUCAGCAACUUUGAGGCCAGAGCUGUUAAUUUUGGAGAAAUUCCAGGGGCGUUUCCAAAGAACUUUCUGCAGUGGGACCCCGACGCAUUUAAGAAGGUGUUUUGCGGACAGAUCACACUGUUCGCAAAGGAAGUUCGGAAGGCUAAGCUUCAAAAGGAGGCUGGCGCAGAGGGGUCACAAGCCCCGGUACCUGUAGGGCCCACGUCUUUGCAUCAGACAGCUGCUGCAGGCUCCUCUGCUCAACGUUCAGUGCACACGUUCUCCUUGUCCCCUGCUGCGCAAGCUUCUCCCGCUUGUUUCUCUCCAUCGCCUUUGCUAGAUCUGGAAGAAGAAGAAAGACGUGCGAGCAUAGAAGAUGAGCCCGAGCUCACUUUGCCUGAAGGUGCAAACAUCGAUUUGUCUGUGCUCAAACAAUUGGUGUAUGCACUGGAGCCCGGCCCAAGAUGUGCUGAUAUUGAGAGCUUAAAUGGGCUCGCUCUCACGGCUCCCUUCAAAUGGGCUCACGAGGCAACUAUUGCCAGCAAUCGCCAGCUCAUUGCAUCACUUGGCCUGAACAAUGGCCUGUUCAGCCCCCCUUGCGAUGGUGUGAAGCGGCCCAGGCCAAAGUCUAGGCCAAAGCCAAAGCUGAAGCUGACUGCGACAACCCAGCCUUGCAGGUCAUCCACCAGGUUCAGCAAGAAUGCUGCUGAAGCCUCAAACGCAGAAACGUCAGGAGAGCAUUUGGCAGACCAGUCAUCGCCUGACCCUCUUCAGAACCGCAGCACCACUCCUAGAAGCAGCUUAGUAGAGCCCUCCUCUGCACAUAAUGACAAUGACGAGCCAAAUGAGGUGUUAUGCCUGGGGCCAGACCAUGAGCACCGUGUAUCUGAGAACCUACAAGCUGUCACAGAUUGCAUGCGGGCAUGGGUUCAGCUUGAAUCACUGUUCAGCUUUCAGAAGGCAAAAGUUGGGCUGCCAUGUACUUCUCAACCUCCAGAGAUUCAACAUUGGAUCUGGUAUGCACGCGCUGAUCACAUCGUUCCUACUGACACUGCCCGCUAUGCCGCAAAGUUCUGGCAAUAUCACCUGGUACAAGGUGGCCAAGGCGACUGGUCACCGCUCUUCAAGCACAGCAACAACGGCUUUUUGACCGUGCUGUAUGCCGCGAUAGCGCUGUGUGACUCAUCCGAGUCUAACGACUGGUCUGCUGCCUUGCAAAAUAUUUUGUGGGUUCUGAAGCAAGUAAUUGCUGCAAAGCAGCAACAGGGAAUGAAACGCUCUGCAGAAGGUGGCGGGAACAGCAGAGACACAGCCACGGAGAAUGCCGAUGACACUGGCAAGAGCGCCGAAGAAGGCCGUAAGAGGGCUAGGCACAAGUAA